UCGAUAGAAAUGAGAAUUUAUAUGGCGGGUUAAUAAAGAGAAUGGAAAUAGAGAAGUUAGUCAUUUGCGGUUGUUUAAGUUGAGAAUCAAAUAACAACGAGCUACUGAUAUUGUUAGAUUUUUUUGUAGCGUAUGCGUUAUCAUGCAACAUGAGCCAUUUUUCCUAUACAUAUACAAAAUAAGAUACAUACAACGCAGCUCGAAUAUGUAUCUAUCAACAAUCUUCCCCAAAUUAACGCGGCUCUCGACAAAUAUCAAUGACGACUAGCCGAGAAUGACUUCGUAAAUAAGUCUACGAGUUGUUAUUCAUAAGAGACGUAAUGUAGCUUAAUGACACUAUCGCAAACCACAUCACAAAUGGAGAUGAGAUAGCAUGCCUACCCCUAAAAAGGUUGGAAAAAUGUCACCCUCUAUUAAUUAUAGGUUCUUAAGGUAAUUAAUUUGUGUUGCAUUUAAUAAUCUGUAUGAAUUAAAAACACAUAUUAGUUACUUUCCUUUUUCAGUGCACUGGUAGUUGUAUCAGUGCAGUGGUAUUAGUGAACAGGUGCAAUGGUAGAUGUAUCAGUGCAAUGGUAGUUCCAAAAUAAUAACGUAAUUAAUAUGAGUUAAGUAUACAAGUGCAAUGGAAGUUGUAUCGGUGUAAUGGUAGUUAAAAAAAAGGAAUGUAAUUAAGAUGAUUUUUUUAAUUUCCAAAGAUUAUUAAAUGCAACACGAAUUUAAUACAAAAAUUAACUAUAAUUAAUAGGGGUGUCAUUUUCCAACCCCUUAGAAGAGUUAGCAUGCUAACCGAUCCCUCACAAAUGUAUUACAUAUGUCUUUUCUGUAUCCAAAUCAUCUUUGAGUACGUGUGUUUAACUUUGAAAAGAACAAAUAACACAAAAAGACAUAAAAUGAAUCUAAAACACGACCUCGGUCUAUUAUAAGUACAUUGAUCAAAUAAUUAUGAUUUUCACAUGAACAUAGUAUUUUGUAUUAAAGAUGCAUCAAUUAGAAAGAAAAAUGUGUCAAAUAUAGGAAUAAUAAACACAAUAAUCUGAGUGUCAUCAAAUCUCCUCCUAGAGUUUUCUUAGACUUGCUUCGAUUGAUACAGGCAACAUAUGAGUUAUUUGAUUCUUGUAAGAUUUGUUCAUAUCUUGUGUCAUGGCGUUUACCAAAUCUAUUAGGCUACAGUGACCCUACGAAUUCCUCCCUUGAGUAUCAUACACAAUCCAAUCGAUUGAUGACCGAUUGUGAAGGACGACCAUGGCAGUCACAUCCAUCACAAAGUCAUAUUUGAAUUAUAUAUCUUAUGAGCAGUAGCUUCGUGUUGGGCGUGCAAUUAUAUUGACAAUAAACCAUAUUGAGAAAGCAAACGCAUAAACAAAGAACUCAAAUACUCAUAUAUAAUCAAGAAUAAAUAGUUACAAAGUCUAGAGAACAUCCAGGGUUCGAAAACCUACACAACUAACGAACUAGCCGCUCAUGAAGCCCAGAUUUUGGGAGAACACCAGUCAAAAGCUAGAUAACCAAAUCUUAAGAAAAUCUGCGACUAUAUGGAAAAUUGGAAAAUUGAUGCGGUCGAUCCUUUAGGUAUAUCUCCAACUUAGCCUCCAAAUCUGGCUCUCUCGAAUCUGGGUUGAUCUGGGACUCUCCAAAAUUGGCUUAUAGUCCUCCAAUUUGGGAUUGAGCCGACUAGUUCCAUACCAAAUUUUGGGAUUCACUCCAAUCUCCGUGUAUGACUUCCAGCAGUCGGGUGUUGAUGUCUCCCACUCAUAAAUUGCGGUGCACUGGAUAUACUUUGGCUUGAAAACACAUAAAAACUAUAAACAAUGCAUCAAAAUAAUAAAAGUAAUCAUAGGAGCUACUAAACAUACAUUUGAGUGAUUACCAAGCAAUUCCAAACUAUUAUGUCACCAAAUAUAUGAAACUAUGCAAAACUUCCAUAAAAUAAGGGUAAAACAUAGUACUUUUUACGUGUCAUAAGGUGAUUUAGCAUUACCCUAGGCGGAGUUUCAUAUCAUACCCAAAGCAAUAUUCAUAAAUCAAUCAACACAUGGGCGUAGUUCUCCACAAGUUGGCGGCCCGAGUUCUCCCCAAGUUGCCUGCCCUAGUUCCACCCAAACUCCCCACCAAGGCUCGUACUACGAUCCCCACUCGACCUACCAUCAAACCCCUCCGAGUCCCACUCCGAUCUCAUACAACGAUCCCCGCCAUGGAGCAUACUACGAUUACCGCCCGAUCUACCCCCCAUCUCCCCGCCAAGGAGGUUACUAUGAUUACCGCCCGGUCUACCCCCCAUCUCCUCGCCAUACAUCAUCGGGUACUUGGCAUGAUGGUUCCUCGGCGACGGCGCACCACGAUUUUACGCCAUGGACUCGCCCUCAUCAGCAGUGGCCUCCUACUACUCACCGUACUUCCGUGGAUGUCCCCCGCUCGACCCCGGAAGUGCCGAUUCCCCGCCGACACAGCACCGACGAGCGCCAAACUACCUUGGCCCGAGUUCGAAACUUGCCACCGCCGCCACCGAUUGUUACUCCCGUCGGUCGUCGUACAAGGAGCAAGAAAACCGUGGGUUCCGGUGAAGCUCGUGGACUUCCUUGAGUUAUAUUUGAGAGUUGAAUUUAAUUUCUAUGUAAUUUGAACUAUUCCUAUUAUCUUAGUUUAUCGAAUUGAUUGUUGUUUCAAUUUGGUUUUAUUUCUAUCCCCUUGGAACUAUGCCUUUUAUCUUUAUGUAAUCCCAAUUAGUUCAAUCAACAAUACAGUGGAGAUCAGAGAUUGGAUUGAAAAUUCUGGGUUCUAACCCAACUUCGAGCCAAUGAACGAUAAAAUCAACAAUACACAAUACACAUUUCGUUCAAUCAACAAUACACAUUUAAUUGCAAAGUAAGAGUCUCAACUAGCUUGAAAAAAAAAUGAUAAAAGCAAACUAUGUCGCAUUAGCUGAUUCCGGCACAUCAGGACCCGGAUUUUGCGGACCAAUCGGGCCUGGACAUCUUCGUUUAUCAUGUCCCGGACCAACGGUAUACCGGUUACCGUCGGUUAACGGUUCGGUUUCCGGUUAUACCGUUAACCGGAUACCGGAUUACCAGCCCUACUUGUGAGUAGCUAAUGGUGAUUAAUUUGGUGUUCGCGGGUGGGUAAAGUUGCUGAGUCACGGUUAUCUUUGCCUAAUACAUUACAUGAGCCUAAGUUGGUUCCCAACUUAGUUUCUGUCGGGCAACUUACUGAGCAGGGUUGUUCUGUUUUGUUUACACCGUCUGGGUGUUCUAUACAUGAUUUCAAGACGGGAAGGCAGAUCAGAAAGGGGGAUAAACACUUGAGGAUCUUUCAUCUGGAGGAACUUCGUGAGUCUUCAGAGUCGUCGUUCGUCGGUAGUCAUUCAAAUAGGUCUGUUAGUAGUCCAUCUCCAUUUUCCUCUUCUUGUUUUUCGAGUCAAUCAAACAGUGUAUGGGAUCUUUGGCAUCCUAAGUUAGCACACCCUUAUUUGGAUCACCUUGUAAAGAUGUUUUGACAAUCAUUACUUUGGAAAAAUAAUGUUGAUUUUUCUACACAUCAUUCAUGUACUAGUUGUGUUGAAGCCAAAACUACCGGCAUUUCUUUGCCCUCCAGUACUAUUGCUAUUACAAAGCCUUUUCAUGCCAUUCAUAUUGAUUUUGGGGUCCUGCACCUACUCUAUCUCGCCAUGGGUACCGAUAUUUUGCUCUUUUCAUUGAUCAUGCCCAUGGUUCAAAAAGGCACGCUUAACCUUAUGAUUAGGCACGUCUAGGCGCAAGGCAAUGACAAAAUGCCUCGCCUAGGAGUUCCACACCUACUUAGAUACUGGAAUACAUCAAUGGAGUAAGG